AUGUUCUACACCUGUAGCCUCCAUGCCUGUCUCGAGUGCCAGCGCCGCAAGAUCCGAUGCGACGGCAAGCAGCCGUGUAACCGGUGCCAGUCCAGCCGCUCCCGGAGGCGGUGCGUGUAUGAGCAGCAUCGCCAGCGCCUCGUCCCGUCCCGAAAGUCACUAGAAGAGCUGUCACGGAGCCUCGAAGAGUGCCGCUCCGUGCUGCGGCGUCUCUAUCCCAACCAUGACGUCUCCCACUUGCUAUCCUUAUCACGCCAGGAGCUCUGUGACCUCCUAAAUCAGCCGGCUCAGCAAGAAACUGCUGAGCUGUCGCCGGCCCCGCCCUCUCCCAAUGACGAUCAGCAGCACCCCAAGGAGCUCGAGCAGAUGCCCGCUCAGAACUCUCAGUGGGAUGAGGAGCGAAGAGAACGGGACCCGUUGCCGGCCGAAGCUGACGAUGUAAACGCCCUGUCUCUCACCAUGGACAAACAGGCUACUUCCUACCUCGGCGCCUCGUCGGUCAAAGUCGCUUUGACAGUCAUGCUUCAGAUCCAACCCCAGUUACAGCUGUUGCUUGCCUCACAAUCGUCUCCUGAUGCCUCUGGUGACGAAAACGCACGCAGCAAGAUUCCUCCUUUCCGUGCAGCCAUCAAGUCCACAAAGAAGCAGUCUCCUAUUCCGUGGACAUACAAGGGGCAGGCUCUUGUCGAUGCCUACUUCAAACGCGUCCACGUCCUGACCCCCUUGGUGGAUGAGGCUUCCUUCCGGAAGCAUUACAACGAGGGCCGGCGAUGCGAUGCCCCCUGGCUCUCCCUGCUCAACAUGGUCUUUGCCACGAGCAGCGUCAUGUCCACGCCAUCGAGCAACUUGAGCCACAUCAAGUACUACAACCAAGCCAUAGAGCAUAUCCAUCUCAGUGCGUUUGGGAGCAGCCACAUCGAGACCAUCCAUGCCCUGGGGCUUCUUGGGGGCUACUACCUGCACUACAUCAACCGCCCAAACAUGGCCAACGCCAUUGUCGGUGCCACGCUCAGAAUGGCCACUGCCCUAGGCCUGCAUCGCGAACCACCACCGGAGGAGUCACAGUCCGAUCCUGCUGCUGUUGAGGCACGGAGACGCACCUGGUGGACGUUGUUCUGCCUCGACACUUGGGGCACCACGACUCUGGGACGCCCUUCGUUUGGGCGAUGGGGGCCGGCGAUAAACAUUCAGCCCCCUGAGCUUGUUACAGAGAAUGAAGAGCACGACUCUGCACAAUUCGGAGGCAUCAUGCCUUUGCUCGAAAACAUCAAGUUCUGCAAGAUUGCGACCAAGAUUCAAGACAUGCUCGCAGUCACGCCUCUUCUCAAGUAUGAAGAUCGAAAUCAUCUAGACAGCCUUCUUGUCGACUGGCACAACAAUCUCCCCUGGCUUCUCCAGUCUACGGAGCCCUGUGUAGAGCCACUUCAUCUUGCGCGAAGCGUCAUGAUAUGGCGGUACUGGAAUUUGCGCAUGCUGCUCUACCGCCCUGUUCUUCUUACUCUGGCCAGCAAGGGUCAGUUGCCCAUGUCGGAGCAAGAUGUGGCCGCUGUGGAGAUUUGCCAGGGCGCCGCACGAGAGACGGUGGACAGUGUCUCCAAGGGGUGGAUGCGUCAGCAGAUGUCUGGAUGGAACGCCGUGUGGUUCUUGUAUCAAGCAGCCAUGAUACCACUGGUCAGCAUUUUAUGGCAGCCCGAUAGCCCGGCCGUUGUCGAGUGGCGGGCCCAGAUCGAGUCGACGCUGGAGCUGUUCGAGGCCAUGAAAGAUUGGUCUCUCACAGCACGCCGUAGCCGAGAUGUUGUCAGCCGCCUGCUCGAGGCCAGUUCCAAGAUUUCCAACACAGGACAAGGGGUGGCGCCAAGCGAUGAUGCGAGCGGGUUCUGGGGGGUCGACGACGGAACAGACACCAUGGGCUCGACUGGAUAUAGCACCGGCGACAUUGUCAACAUGCUGGAUCAAGACUGGCCGUGGAACAUGGACUUGGACGGGCUGGUUUGGGGACAGCAGAUUCCCCUGCUGGAGGAAGACAACCUGGACAUCGAUGCUGGGAUUGAUGAGGGCGUCAUGGGCGUGGAUUAUCUGUCGCUGGCGACGGAGCAAAGUGAUGCUAUACCGCCGCCGUGA